AUUCGUCAAUAACCAGGAGCCUAGUCAUUUCACAAACUAUUGAUUCUGAACUCUCCGAUACCUUAUCGUUUUAGUACUCCCAACAAGGCUAAUCUUGCUUAACUCGACCCCUGAAAUUUCACCAGAAUCUGUUUGUACCAGACAUCCAAGUGGCACCUAGCAGCCAGUUUGCGUUCUUGAUCAACUUCUCCUGGAAAACUAGACCCUUCAAGCCUCUAGCCUGAAAAAUCCACCCUUGAAUCAUCAGGUUCAUCUUGCCUCGACAGAUUCAUCUCGCCUCGACCUCCCUCCACAAGGACAUCCACAUUCGGCCCGACCCGUCUUAACCUAUCCUCUACCCGUUCGUGUUCAAUGUCCCAACCAAUCACCACCCGCUCGAUCUCCUUCGCGCUGACCCCUUCGUCCCUUCAGAUGAACCAAAAAGCGUCCGCAUCCGCCUCGCUCUACUACAUCUGCCUCACGCUUAAAUCGCGCCUCGCGCGGCUCCACGAUAUGGCGCCGUACCUCGCGCUCGCGGCGAGUAACGCGGCAGCCGCGCACGAACAGCAGCAGUGCGCACUCGCGCCCCAAUUUGCGCGUAUCGACGCGCUCGAGUGCGCGUCGCCCGGACUGCGCGCAUCCUCCGUCUCCUCUCUGGGCUUGCCCGACGAAGCCCUCCACACAUUCAUGGCCGGGCUCCUUCCCGCGGGCGCGCACGACCCGGUGACCCAGCUCUGGAAGCUCUGCCAGCAGGGAUCCCCCCUCUGUCUCCUAUUCAACGUUAUCAAACCGUCCCAGGCGCUCCCCGUGGUGGCGUCCGACGACCUCCGGAUUUGCAAAAAGUCGGUGUAUGACUUCCUCAUCGCGUGUAAGGUCCACUUGAACUUUCAGGACGAGGAGCUUUUCACCAUUUCCGACGUUUUUGCCAACCAGAGCGAGGGCUUUCUCAAGGUUGUGGGGGUGCUAAACGCGGUGUGCGACCUUUCGCCGCAGUUCGCGCUUGCGGCUGCAGAUGUUCCGCGGCCGCCCGCGGCGCCAUCCUCGGCCCGUGGCAAGGUGCUCCUUGAGCUCAUCGACACCGAGCGCAAAUACGUCCAGGACCUCACGGUGCUCCACGCGUACAAGACAAGGCUUUCGCAAUCGGCCGCGGUCCCGCCUGACCUCAUCCACACGCUUUUCCCAAACCUCCUGGCGCUCUUGGACUUCCAGCGACGCCUCCUCGUGUCUCUUGAGAUCAACUAUGUCGCGAGCAUCGAGUCGCAGACGGUAGGAAGCGUGUUCGUGCACGCGCGCAGCUACUUCCGCGGCUACGAGUCGUGGUGCGUCGGGUCGAAGGCGAGCCAGGAGCUCAUUGAGAAAGAGCGCGCCAAGCUCGACGUAGGGGUCUUGGACGUGGGGGUUGAGCUCCCGGCGUACCUUAUAAAGCCGGUCCAGAGAUUGUGCAAGUAUCCGUUGUUGCUUCGGGAGUUGGAGAAAGCCACGCAGCCACUCGCGGAGGAGAUGGCUAAGGACGAAUCCAAGCCGGACAACGGCACGCGUGACCUUCUGCGUGUCAUGGAUGACCUCGCAGCGGGCCUCACGGCCACGCGGCUGACCGCGAACUUGGUCAACGAGCAAACGCGGAAGCAGGAGAACCUAGUGCUCUUCCGGCAGCUCGUGGCGCGCGUCGCGAACUGGCGUGGCUACGACCUUGCGAGCUUUGGUGAGUUGUCGGCCGGGCUUGCGCUCGAGGUUAAGGACAAUGACUGCGUGCGUAGUUUCUGGUGCUAUCUCUUUGACGAGAUUGUGCUCUUCUUCAAGGACGUGGGCACGCCCGCGCAGCUCAAGAAGAAGAAAAAGUCCUCAGCAUCGUUUGCGAGCUUGAUCUCGGGCACGAGCGCGAAUACGAGUGCGGUAGCACUCGACUCGCAACCCGCGAAUACUCCCCUCGAGCUCAAGGGCCGCAUUUACACCCUGAACAUCUACAAGAUCCAGGCGUCGCCGCCGGCCGCACAGCUCUGGGGUGGCCCCACUCCCAACCCUGCGCACUUCCUCCUUGUCGGCUGGACAGGCGGUAUCGAUGCGGGCGUGUUCGUGUUGCGUUUUCCGAACGAGGAGGUGCGCGCACAGUUCGAGACGAUGUUACGCCGCGUUGUUGCGCGCCAACAGAGCCUCCGCGAACGAGAGGCGGAGGGGAGAGAUGGGAGGUAUUCUGUGGGAUCCGGCGGGUUUAUUGACGAUGAGAGCCGCCGGUCGUCGAAUUCCUCCGGGUUUGGGCUACGGUCCGCGAGCAUGAGCUCGAAUAGUAGCUACUCGAACGGGUAUGCGAGCGUGGGUUACGCGAGUGCGCCGCGCCAGCACUCCGAGCACUACAGCCCCGCCGCGCCCAUCGUUGACCAACGCCUGCGCUCUCUCUCCCAACCACUCUACCGCCCUCCUAGCACUGGAAUCACCCCCUCAAUGCAGCAUCUUUCUCUCAGCUCGUCCCCCUCCCCCACCAACUCCACAUCCACCAUCUCCAACAUCAACGUCCAGCUCACCUACUGUGACGAGCCGAUGUUCUUGCUGGUGUCGCCUGGGACGUCGUGGCGUGACUGGUGUGACGCCGCAUACGCGAAGUUGCAACCUGCGUUGCGUGCAGAUGCGCGCACAUCGGGCGACGCGUUUGCGUACAAGUACAAGGACGAGGAUGGCGACUGGGUCGUCUUGGGUGCGCGUGACUGGGAGGAUGUCAUUGAGUGGUGUGUAGAGAAUAAUGAUGGGGAUGGGUUGUGUGUCGCGGUGUCGUAGACGUCCGCCAGCCUCUAUAUUCGAAUAUGCCAGCCAUUUCUCUUUGUGCGUGCUUUUUCGCGGUGACGGGAGAGGGCUGUGAUUGAGUUUAGUGGAGUUCUGCCAACUGGUGCAGUGUUUUCAGCUUACCAAAUAUGCGUAUUUAGUACAAGACACUACCAUUUUGAAGGAUUAUACGAUACUUUGUACUCGAUGUAACGUUUUGUAAGAGGGGUUAUAUAUCGGCGAUGAUUUGUACGAAAUUGUGUUUAGAUUAGUGCGCG